GAACAUCCGUGUGAUGGUCUGGGCGAGCAUGCGCAUUUCAAAAAUUUUGGCAUGGCAUUCCUUACACUGUUUCGAAUAGCCACCGGCGAUAACUGGAAUGGAAUUAUGAAAGACGCAUUGCGUGAUGACUGUGACCCAUCCGACCGAUGUGAAUCGAACUGUUGUGUCGAUCCAAUACUGGCGCCAUGUUUUUUCAUUAUUUUUGUACUGAUCUCGCAGUUUGUUCUGGUGAAUGUUGUGGUCGCUGUAUUAAUGAAGCAUUUGGAGGAAAGCAACAAGAGGGAAGAGGCAUCUGAUGGUACUGCUGUUGGGGGUACGGAUAACGAAACGAAUAAAAUUGACACGGAUCUGGAAGAAAACGCCGACACAUCCCAGCAAGAUUUGGUACGCACUUUAAGUGCAGCUUAA